AAAAAGAAGAUGAUAUGUGGGUUGCGCUGCGCUGCGUGCUGUUGCAAUCACUAAACCAAAUGGUUUUCGCCGACAGUUUCCCAUAAACCCCAACUCUCUCACUCAUUACGUCUCUCACUCUUUCCUUUUUCUUUUCUUUUUCUCUCUCUUUCGCCCCUUAUUUAUUGGUUACAGUUUGUGAUUGCUUGCAGAGAUAGAGAGAGAGAGAGAGAGAGAGAGAGAGAGAGAGAGGAAUCAAAGCAUGUCUCACCAGUAUUUGGGAGAAUUCAAUUACUUGGGUGAAGAAGGAGAAGGAGAAGGAGAAGGAGAAAUAAUGAUGGGUGAUGAAAUAGAUGAGAUGGAACAAGAUAAUUACUAUGGUGGAGAAGGCACUGUAGAAAUGGGGGCAGAUGAAUAUGAGAUGCUUACAAAGGUGACUGAUACGUCUUCUGCCCAAGCUAGGAAGGGCAAAGACAUACAGGGUAUUCCAUGGGAAAGAUUGAACAUUUCCAGGGACAAGUAUAGGUUGACUAGGCUUGAACAGUACAAGAAUUACGAAAACAUUCCUUUAUCUGGUCAAGCCGUUGAUAAGGAGUGUAAACAAAUGGAAAAAGGAGGCAACUACUAUGAGUUCUUCCUUAAUACUAGAUUGGUUAAGCCCACAAUUCUUCAUUUUCAGCUCAGAAACUUGGUUUGGGCAACUUCGAAACACGAUGUCUAUCUCAUGUCUAAUUAUUCAGUCAUGCAUUGGUCGUCAUUAUCUUGUAAUUUGUCCGAGGUCAUUAACUUUGCAGGACAUAUAGCACCUACUGAGAAACAUGCAGGAAGUCUGCUAGAAGGUUUCACACAAACUCAAAUUAGCACAUUAGCGGUCAGGGAUAAUUUUCUUGUUGCAGGGGGUUUCCAAGGAGAGCUUACAUGCAAACGGUUGGAUAAACAAGGCAUUAGCUUUUGUGCUCGCACUACAUAUGAUGAUAAUGCCAUCACAAAUGCUCUUGAAAUAUACGACAGCUUGAGGGGUGGAGUCCAUUUCAUGGCAUCCAAUAAUGAUUGUGGUGUAAGAGAAUAUGACAUGGAGAGGUUUCAGCUCCUGAAUCACUUCCGCUUCUCUUGGCCAGUGAAUCAUACGUCAUUGAGUCCUGACCGUAGAUUAAUAGGAGUUGUUGGUGAUCACCUGGAUGGGUUGCUGGUUGAUGCUCAGAAUGGAAAGACUGUAGCCACAGUCAAAGGUCAUCUAGAUUUCUCCUUUGCAACUGCGUGGCACCCUGAUGGACAUGUGUUUGCCACGGGUAAUCAAGAUAAAACUUGCAGGGUAUGGGAUAUAAGAAACUUGUCGUCAUCCAUUGCAAUCCUGAAGGGGAACUUGGGUGCUGUGAGAUCCAUUCGCUUUUCAUCAGAUGGCCAGUUCAUGGUGGUGGCCGAACCUGCAGAUUUCGUUCAUGUGUAUAGUACCAAAGCAGACUACAAGAGGCGGCAAGAGAUUGAUUUCUUUGGUGAGAUAUCUGGAGUAGCUCUAAGUCCAGAUGACGAGUCUUUAUACAUAGGAAUCUGGGAUCGGACUUAUGCAAGCUUGCUACAAUAUAACAAAAGGCAUACAUAUGGAUAUCUUGAUUCAUAUUUAUGAUUGUCUAUCAAAGGAUUUUAUUCGUAAGCAUGCUCUUGAUAAUUUUAUUCCUCUUUCUGAAUGCUCUUUGUGAACUAAUUAGCUCGAGUUGAAAUCUAGACCAUAUAGAAUAAGGUAAGGAACUCUAGUCUGAUCAUGUACAGAAAUAUACUGUUCUUAAAUACUCGAGGUGGAAGGAAGCUGUCUCGGUAAGUCCCUAUUUUUCCA